GAAGUAAAGCAGGAAGCGGAAAAGGAAGUAUGGCUCCAUGGAUGUUAUAUUUCAACUUGUAGUUCGAUUUUUAAGACAUUUCGUCCCGGGAAACCAAGACACGGGGACGUGCUGGGAUUUGUAGUUUCCUUCAGCAGCAAUAACCUCUUGAUAUAUCAAAGGCGAGGCUACAGCUUGGAAAACAUCAUUCCCGUGAUGCUUUUCGGAGGCAGCCUGCUCUCCCUGGCUACGGCGGUAUCCGAGAGCCGGGGACCCAACCGAGUCGUUCCGCCGGGAAAAGGGCGGAUUCGCUAUUGAACAUGGACCGCCACCCCGCAUGAUCGGAGACUUGGCCGGUUUACUCGUUCUCGUUUCUCGUGGUCUGGCCUGCUUUUUCGAGGAUGAACAAGGUGAAGGUUGAUGAAGAAGAAUAUUGGAACAGUUCCAAAUGUAAGGCCUUUACUUUUGACGAUGAAGACGAUGAACUACUUCAGUUGAAAGAAUCCAAGAGAACAGUCAAAAACCUUCCAGAUAUUUUAGAUGAUGAUGAUGACGACCUUGAGAGGUUCAGCUGGAGUGGGGAACGUGUGGGCAGCAUUUCAUGGUCAAUCAAAGAGACUGCCUCCAGCAGCAGUAGCAACAGUACCUCUGAAGGGAGGGAUCUGAGUCAGCCAAAGGGCUCUUCCUAUGCAGCUAUACCCAAGCAAUCCUCUUCCUACUCACUGAGCAGCUUUUUUAAAGGAAGAAAUAAGCAUGGGAGUUUUCAGUCACUUUCAGAUGCUCUUACAGACACAGGAAUUAAAAAUUAUGCCCCAGCAUUACGCAGACCAAAAGGAGAUUAUAAGGAUUACAAUUCUGAUUGGAGCCCUAACGAUACAGUAAAACGGCUACAGAGAGGCAAGGUGUGUUCCUUGGAAAGGUUCCAUUCCUUGCAGGACAAAUUACUGCUACUGGAUGAAGCUGUUGCAUUGCAUGAUGGGAAUGUUAUUACAGCUAUACUCAUUUUUCUGAAAAGAACCUUAAGGAAAGAGAUCCUGUUCAGAGAGCUGGAGAUGCGGCAAGUUGCUUUGCGCCAUUUAAUACAUUUUCUCAAGGAGACUGGAGACCAAAAACUUCUCCUAGACCUGUUGAGAUUCCUGGGCAGGACUGAGGAAGUUGCACUGACCCAAUACCAUGAACAUUUGACUAUCUCUGAUGCUGAGAAAACAAAAGAGUUUCUGAAAAGUUGCAUUGGGUUGCCCUUUUCAUCAGAGGAUGCUGCUCAUGUUCAGGAUCAUUAUACACUCUUGGAGAGACAGAUCAUCAUUGAGGCAAAUGACAAACAUUUAGAGUCAUCUGGGCAGACGGAAAUCUUUCGAAAAUACCCUAGAAAAGCUUCCAUUCUAAACAUGCCAUUAGUCACCACACUUUUCUACUCUUGCUUCUACCAUUACACAGAAACUGAGGGAACAUUCAGUAGUCCAGCAAACUUGAAGAAAACUUUCAAGAUUCCAGAUAAACAGUAUGUGCUAACAGCUCUGGCUGCUCGUGCCAAACUCCGAGCUUGGCAUGACGUGGAUGCUUUGUUCACAACAAAGAAUUGGUUAGGCUAUACCAAAAAAAGAGCUCCUAUUGGUUUCCAUCGAGUGGUGGAGAUAUUGCAGCGGAACAACGCCCCGGUACAGGUCCUGCAGGAGUACGUGCGUUUAAUAGAAAAUGUUGAGACUAAGCUGAAUCUUGCUAUGAAAUACAAGUGCCAUGAUGUUGCUAUAGAUACAUACAGAGACUUGAAGGACCGUCAGCAACUGAUGGCAUACAGGUGCAAAGUUGAACGGGGUUCUCCAGCAGAGGAGAAGAUCGACAGUAUCCUCAGUAACCCACAGAUCCGGUGGAAGAACUGAGAGACACUACAUUAUUUUGGAAGCACUUCAUUUUGACCCAAUGAGGUCAGAGAAAGAUUGCCAAGCCGGUUCUGCACUGAUUUCAAUCCACUGUCAGCUUGCCUGUUGCUUCAAGAUGCUGCCUCUGUGAAGCCUUCGCUAAAAGAGACCUCUUAGGCACUGAAUUGGCCAAAAGAGACAUUUAGCCAAUGAAGCACACAUCUGACAAAUUGAACUCCACAGUAUAAACAUAUGAGGAAUACAACAUUAUAUAGACAAGGGAAGCAUAUUUGAGUCAAGAAUUCCACUUCCUGAUCAUUGUUUAGUCAUCUGAAAUGAUCAAGACAACUUUCCAUAGGAAAAAAAAAUCUGUAUAAUAAAUUUGCUUUCCCUUAUUUGAAUCUAAGGGGCGAGACUGUUGUUCUUGUGGAUAUGAAAACUCUGUCCUGCACAUUAUUCUAGCCUCCAUUACCAAUUAACUAGGAUAAUUAUUUGGGAAAUGUUGCAUAAGAUUCUUAAGAAUAAAUCUACAUACAUCAAAUGUUGGAGUAUAUAAAUGCAUGGCCCUUCAGCCAAUGAAAAUGUGAGUUCAGUUAUACAUGGAAACUACCAGUCUUGAAAGGUGUACUGAACUAAUCAAAUUAUAUUUUCUCUCAAAUUCCAAUGAAAAUAAUUGGAAUCGCUAGUUAUGCUUCAGCUUUGUUAGCAAAUCUACAUCCUUCUAGGCUUCAUGUUGUCUUUCACUUUCCAUGUUGUAAAUAAAGCUUUACCUCCCUUA